AUGCAGAAACGCGCGCGGGCAGUGGAGUCGCAGAAGUUGCGCCGCACAAUGAAAGGCCGAGGAGGCCGGAUGUCAGACCCGAUCAGAGACAGCAUCGCCACUCCAAUCGUGUACGUCCGUUUGAUGUUGUUGUGGAUCGGUGUGAUAUCACUUGAUAUGCUGUGCGGAUUCCGCUUCGAGCUACUUUAUCCAUUCUGGCUCAUACUUCGCACAGGCUAUGAGGCCGUCCACAAGAAUCACAACGCUGUCGCAACGCUUGCGAAUCACAAUACUGCAAAAUUCUCCGUGUUGUUCGUUUGCGUAACAGCGACAUCAGAUUUGAUCUGCUACUUAUUUAUACCAGUGAAAUUUUUGGUGUUUCUUGCCAGCACAUAUGUGUGGGUGCAUGUUAUCUGGCAUUCACAUGGCGGCUUCUUACGGACGUUGUCCGCCAUGAUUCACGAAAAGCAAUGUUUCUCUGCACUAGCUUUUUGGAUAUUUAUUGUUGCAUUUGAGGCGGGGAUACGAUUAAAGUGCUUCCACCUUGAGGUCGUCGGUUCAGACGUGCCGUUUCUCCAUUACCUCUGCCCAAGCUGUUUACAAACACAGGGAUUGGCGCCAGUGAUACCGAGAAGUUUAAAUUCAUUUUUUGGUGCACACUGUAUAGGAUAUCCACUAGUCAUAAUCUCGUUCAGUCUGCGGUAUUAUUUCAAGGAAUGGAGAAUUCGCCGGAAGCAAGAUGAUGUGUGCCGAAGGAAUGAGGUGCUGGCGCGAAUGUUGACGGAAGCAUUACCAGCCGUUUACGAAGGUCCCAAAGACUACACGACGAAGAGCGCCAUACUUGAUGACGAUGGCGAUCUGUUAGAAUUAACGAAUGGAACCGGGCAAGGGAUGCUGAUGCCGCCUCCGGGGACAUCGUGCGCAGCGAACGGAACAGUACACCAUGUGCAGCCUAGCAAGCGAGCAUCUGGCAAGAUGACACCCUUAAGUGGGCGGCAGCGUGGAUCAGGUCGGGCAAAAGCGACAGCAACCGUAACUGCUACGCAAAGUCAACACUCGACUCCACUCAUCAAAUCGGGUGCAGUCGCUGGCGGGAACAGUGAGAAGCGGCGGGAGCGAGAUGAGGAUGAAGAAAGCGAUGUGAGCUUAUGUUGGCGAGAAUCGGAUGUAAUCGCUUCUUCUGGAGGUCUUUCUGUGGUGCGACUAGCAUGGGAAGCAUUUGUUUGGCUGACAACGGUUGUGUGGCCAACAUCCGCCGAAGACGUGCGAGACGACUCGAGCUAUGGCGGAGAUGAUGACGAUGACGACAGCAUUCCUGAAGAAAAUCCGAAGAAGCUAUCGCGCUCAAGCAACGGUGAUGUGGGUAAGCAGUUGCGAACAUCGGUGACGACGACGACAUGCACUGCUUCAAACCGAAAAGGCGGUCGUGGCGCGCGGGAGAACGCUAAGGCGAAGGAAAAGGUCAUCGUUGCUAAUGCCGUGGAAAGAGAAAAAUCGAACGGGCUCGCCAUGUCAAAUGGAAAAACAGCGAAUGGGACGACGUUUGAGUCGGUGAGAGAUUCGAGUUUAUCAAAGGAGAACGGCCACGACACGAAUAGUGUCUCCCAUGAAGCAGAAAGAUUACGUGCUGAGGUUAUGCAACUAAAAACGGCAGAGGCGGAUGCUAGAAUUCAGCUUUCUGUUAGCCAAAACAACGAAAAACAUGCGAGACAGGAAGCUAUGCAGUUGCGAUCGAGACUGGAACAAGUAGAAGCGAGAUAUGCUACGAUGGAGAAGCUAAGAGAUGUUGAUCGAAGUUCCUUGUCGCAGUUGGAAAAGAAGUAUGCAGAGCUGAUGAACCGGAAGAACGACGUGGAACGCGAGUUGAUGGAUGAACGAAAAGCUCGGAAGGAGGACGGCGGAAAAAGACUGGAUUCUGCUGAACAACAUCGAGAGAAAGAAAGGCAACUGGAACAAGAAGUCGAUAGACUCCGCGCAGAGGCAUCAGCUAGGGAGGAAAGAGUGGCCGAUAUAGAGAAAGAGCUGCAUGCGCUCCGCAAGUAUAAGGAAACCAACGAUAUUGAGGCCUUGAACAUGGAUCUACGAAUCAUGCGCGAGAAAAUGGUCCACUUGGAAGAGUCGUUAGCAGCAGAGAAUAAGCUGAAACAAGAGCUGUUCAGAGCUCUCGGGGACGCGAAAGCGAACAACGCUCAUCUGCAAAGUCAACUUCGUGCUUUCGAAAUCACAUCGGGGAUGCCACUACAAGUGUCCGUUGCUCGCCCACCAUCUGCCUCUCUGGCUCAGCCGGAGAAAGUUUCACCACAGCAGCAACAACAUCCUCAGCAUAAUCCAUAUCAGAUGUCAUUGAGCCAGCAGCAAAAGAUGGAUUCAAGUGUUGUUACUAACAAUACUUCGUCUGCGCAUAUGGGUGUUGCAUACGGCAACCUUUACACCGCUCUUCAACAACACCAUUCUUCCCCCACCGGUGAGCAUGUGCUUUUCGAACAGUCAUCUCGCGGGAAUGUGAGCUCGUCCGGGCUGCCGUGUGCACUGUCGCCUCAUGAUCCUCUGCUAGCAUCUCGCAUGGGCAAGUUCGGUGCGCCAGCUAAUCCUGCACGUUCCAAUUAG